AUGUGCUGUCCUACGCAUCCGUCCGCCUACUGCGAUUUCUACUUCGAUGGCUUUCAGAAUUCAGUGCCGUCGUUCCACAUCAAAGACGACAUCAAGGGGGAUCACGCGGUGCUCACCAUCACUCGCGAGCAGGUGCAUUGGGUGGGCAGCAUGGACUACUUUGCGCCCGGCAUCCGCGACUACAAGACCAACGGCCUGAUUGCCGCCGACUCCACCAAUGGCACGUACCUGCAGUGCCCCCAACGCCUGCCCCCCGACGAGCAUCCCGGCGACCAGUUCUACCUGAAUCAGCGCGAGGAUGCGAUCGCUCACGUGUACGGCCCCAUCAACUUAAAUAAGGCUGACAACAGUACGGACUACCCCGAGGAGCGGCGUUGUGUCGUUUUCCGCACCCGCGCAUGA